AAAAAAACUUAACAAGAUUCAACCAUGGGAUUACCAAAAGGAGGACUAACACUCCUAGUGCUCACUGUCCUGACAUUCUGCAGUCACGUGAGUUCUUUCAUUGACAGCGAACGCCAAGAAAACACACAAACUAGCAUCAGCCCCAAGGAAAACCAGGAAAUCGUCCAGGGCACACUGUUCACCACUGACCAUCUCAGCUACCCUUACGCAAUAUGUCAGUGGAUAAAGCCAGAGGUGGAAAAAACGUGUCAAAUAAACUUAAUCAACAAUCCACGCAAGAAACUCGUAUGCGACGGAAUUAAAAUAUUUAGGGAAGAUCCGGAAAAAGAACUUUUUUACAACGGCUACUUCCAAGUGAUGCCCUUCAGCAAUGAUCAUGUAGUUGUAGCCUGGUGGGACACUUUGAAGAACAAAACAGCUCCAAAGAAGCAAAACUUCAAGGUCAGCAUCGUGAACAUGCAGAGCUGCAAGGCCGCCCAUAUGAACUACCCCAUCGACAACUCGGGCUACGGUCGUUUCCCUAGUCUCCUGCUGUUCCCAACACAGGUGGACGUGAUCGUCAACAGCAAGUCGGCUUGUGCCGGUGAGGCCCAGUGCCGACUCUCGUAUGACCUCGACGGAAAACAAACCGGCCAAUUCCCGUACACCAGUGAACUCCUGGGCUACUCGAGUCCGGUGUCCGGAUCAGGGCCCGACAAGGGCUUCUUUGUGAAUGUACAGGAUCAGACGAGCCUGAGAGUAUUGCUCGUCAAUGGCGAAGGGAACGGGAAGCUCCUGACGACGGACAACUUUGAACCGGAAGCUGUUAAGCAACGCGUCGCGUUCAGUAGCGCCCACGAGAAGUUCACCAUCUGCAGGAUGCCCGACAUGGGGUCCAAGAAACCGACAAACAUCUACUGCAACCAGUACAACAGCACAGGGGAAGUCACGAUCAAGAAGACAACAAACUUCCAAGAAACCGUCAAUUGGUUAGCGGUGCGUAGUUUGGCCGAAGGUGGCUUUUUGCUCGCCACGUCAGGCUGUGACAUUGAAAAAUCGGCAAUGAACUGUCCAUAUUUCCGCGUGUGGAAGAUACAGGAUAACGGUCAAGCUGGGAAAAUAAAUAAAAUCACAGGACCGAACGUUAACUGCAAGGAUAUGGCGAACGACCUGCAGGUACGAAUCACCGAAAUGGAUGGCCAAUUUUGCUUUGAUUUUUCAUGUGUGGAGGAACGCUCGCGUCUAACUUACAAGAGAAGAUGUCUGUCCACAAAUCGUCUCACGUAGGAUCAGAAUUGUUGGAAAUAUUCGAUAUGCCCAACAAAAUGAAGAAAUCGGUUUGUUGGCUAAUCUAGAAUAUGUAAUCAGGCGAGAUAAAUCGCGUUAUUCAUGUAAUUAAUGAAUCACUUUGUGCAUACAUGUAUAACAUAACAUUAUGACUAUCGU